UUGGUGCCAGCACACGUCCACUCCUCGUCCUCACCGUCUCCUUUUCUCCUCCAUAUUUCGUUCCGCCGCCAUGGCGUCCGUCUGGGUCCCCGUUCUCUACGUUCUCAUUCUCUUUGGCUCUUUAUUCACAUUCGGUACAUAUUACCGUAAACGUACUGCAACUAAGCAGCUGGAACCUUACUUUCCUCGCCACCUCGAACGAGACAUCUACGUCACCCUCCUCAACACCUCAGAUCCCCCCACACCCGACUCCCUCCUCAAAGCCGCUCUCAUGCGUCGAGCCGUAACCGACAUCACACGCAUCCUCCGCGUUCGCGAAGACAAACCCGCGCUCCAAAAUCUUCUACAGAAAGGCUCUAUUGGCGAUGACCUCUGGAACAGUCUCCUUGCGGCAGAGAAGGAGCUCGAGGCGGAGAUCAUCGAGGUCGUCGCGGAAGCGAACAGUUUCGUCCCGGGCUGGGGACAAAUCAUCUUCCAAACCGCGGGUGAGAUGAUCGCUAAUGAGAAGACGAAGUCUGUAUGGGACCGUCUACCUGAAAUGCGAAUGGAGAACGAACGAAAGUAUGGCCCGAGCAAGAGACACAUACAAGUCCAAAUGGGACCUGCCCCGUCACCACCAGUCGGUCCCAAACCACCCAUUGCCGCAGGACCAGCACCCCCACCCGCAUCCUCCCCCGUCACACCCGUCACACCCUCAAAUAUCAAACGUCCCAACGGUCUUGUGCCUGGUGCUAUCCCAUCAUCCAUCAGCAAGCCCGAGAGCGUCGCCGCGUCGAGCGAUGGUGAAGGCUCUGUUGCUUCGAAGAGUACACCGAAGUCGGGAAAGAAGAAGAAGGGCAAAAAGUAGCUGCAUUGCACUGAUAUCCAUACAACAUUUAUAUAUUGUCUCUCGGGGGAUUCACGGGAUAUACCAUGCCAUGCGUCCCUUUGUCUGCCCUUUACGCGACGUACAGUCAAGUCGCUAUUUUGUGGUGCAGGCAACGACGUAAACGUGCGAUCCACAGAGGCGUGCAUCAGCAACAUAUGUACGUAGCAGUAGGCCUUAGACCUCAGUCUCAUGCAUGCUCCUGUAAAAGUCAGCAGAGACAAAUCUC